AUGGUUGCACAAGACAUAACAUUCCGAGAUGUUUGGGCAUCAAAUCUGGAUGAAGAGUUUGCUGAACUUCGGAAGAUUGUUCGCAAAAGCACGGCGGUCAUAACGAAUAUAGAGUUUCCGGGCAUAUGUAUGACACCUAUUGGGACGUUCUUCAGCCAAGAACACUUUUCAUAUCAGCAGUUACUUGUGAACGUCAACUCUUUGAAGCCGCUUCAAAUGGGAUUCACUUUCAUUCACAAACCGGUUACGAUCUUCCAGUUCAACUUCCACUUUAAUGUAGCCGAGGAUAUGUGUUCAGAUGAAGCUUUAAAUGCUUACCAAGCUUCUGGCUUUGAUUUUGACAAACAUAACGUGGGUUUUUCUUUUUUAAAUUGUUUUAGUUUAGGUGUGAUAUUAGAGAAUGUUUUUAACUCUUAAUUUUUACAACUUAUCGAUUUAAACGAAGAAUUUUUUAAAUUUAAAAUUAUCAACACAUUUUAGACGGAAGGAAUCGAUCUGUUGGAUUUCGGAGAACUUCUGGCAACAUCAGGAUUGGUCGUUUCCAAAUUAACAUGGGUAUCAUAUCAUGCUGCGUUUGAUUUUGGGUAUAUUGUGAGAGCGUUGAACGGAGGUUCUUUACCAGCUGACAUUCGAGAGUUUUACAAUUUGUUUAAGAAGUAUUUUGACACUGCCUACGAUGUUAAGUGUAUGAUGCAGCAUCCGAAUGCCGUUCGGCGAGGGCUGAAGUCUACAAUGACUUUACAAGACGUAAGCUUGUUAUUUUUUUGUUUUAGGUAUAAGAAGUUUUAAUUUUGAUAUAGUAUUUAAUGUUUUAUAAUUUUUAGGUAAAGGGUUUAUAAGUGUAUAUGUUUUUCGUUUUAUUGUUGUAAUAAUGUUGUUUAUGUUUAGGCUGCCGAAGCAUUACAAAUUCGUCGUGUGGGGAAGAAAUACCAUUCGGGGUCAAACUGUCAGCUAACAGCUCAUGUGUUUUAUGCUAUCAAAGACGAAAUUCUAAAGGAAAGUUGGCAAGAAGUAAGUUUUUAAUCUAUUUUAUUAUAUUUAGGUGGUGCUGACAAUUUUUAAAGGAAAACACUAUGUUUCGAAAAGUUGAUUUAUUGCAAAUUGGUCUGUAACUGACUGAAAUACUUUUGGAUAAUUACGUUUUUAAUAUAUUUUAGUACUCGCACGAAAUCCGCGGUUUGAUACUAGGCAUCGGAGGAAAGCCUGUCCUACCACCAGGUGCAGUAAUUCAAAACAUUUUUGUGCCAAAACUUCUGUCUUCUCACAACGAGGCGGGUCAUCGUGUGAAUUCUGGAACCCCUGGACGAUCUCAAAGACACAGUGCAGCGCCGAUGAGAAUUUGA